AUGGCUCUGGUGGCUAGCAGCCGUGCCUUUACGAUGGCGGAUGGAAAUCUUACUGCUGUCAAGAUCCAGAUCCCUGGGCAAACAGCAACUGUGCUUGGCAUCAAGGCACGGACGACAGCUGGACUGGAUGGGCUGAGUCAGACGGCACAAAUUGUCAGCCAGGCACCUACUCCUACUAUUGCUGCGACAAUCCUAAUGCUCCCGCUUCCCUCGCAGCUCCCUACACCACAGGAGGUAUCUCUAUGCCCAUCACCGCCUAACCUGCCCGGCCGCAGCAGUGAGCCCGAUCCCGAUGGAGACUCAACCGGUGUUUACCUGGAAUCCGAAGAAUUCGACAGCGAUUGCACGCUUUACGGCUUGACCACGAUCUCUUCAACGAAGCGCGAUCUAGAUUCUGUAACAGCGGAUGACAUCAAGAGAUGGGAGCAGAAACUCGAGGCCCAGCGACUCACCAAUACCAGAGGCGUCAUCUAUAAUCCAAACUCCCUCUGGGAAGCCAGUUUUGACCCUCACGAUACAGAAAUUUCCAACCACACCCUCUUGGCCCGAGAGGCGCAUUUCCUAGCCAAGCGCACCUUUGACACGAGUGCGGCUCUUGCAUUUUGCGCCCCGGGUCAACCCACCACUUACAUGUAUCCACAAACGUAUAGCGGCUACAAGACUGUUGCCCGUCUAGCUAACAAGGGUUGGAUUACCAUUGCCAAACCAGCCAUUUGUGGCGCUAUCGGUGUUGCAUCUUAUCUCACUCAACCGGCCAACACAAACUUCGUCACGGAACAUGUCUUUGAGAAACAGUCGCUGCGGAACUAUAUUGAAUAUAUGAUGAAGGGGUCUCUUCCCGGUGGGGGUAGCCUCGCAGCGAAGGCGGCUACUGUCACCGGUAUUUUUGACGCCACGGGCAUCUUCUUCAGUAGCUGGCCCAGCACAUUGACCCCAAGUUGGGGAACUAGUCCAAUGGCCACAGCUUUUGGAGCCCUUGGACACGCAGAGGCACCGGCAAAUUAUGAUAACCUUCAAGUGUGCGAUGCGGAUCUGAACGCCAUCAAGGCCAAGGUUACCGCGUGCCACGCAUUCAUUUCCUCCACUAGCUGGGCGGCGUUUGGCCCUCUUGAGCAAGUGUCAUUCCUCGCAGAUGUGAUUGAUCAAACGGCUGGGUCCUACAAUGCCGCAUACAAGGCCGUCAUCUCCUUCUGGACGCUGUUUUCAACGCACCCUAGCGCUCAGGCGGGCUACGAUUAUGUAGGAGCAUUCAAGCAGAUCGUUAGCGCCGAUAUCGAUCAACAAGUGUCAACCGCCUUGGCUCUUUUCAAAACCUACACCAAUCAGGCAAUUACAACAUGGAAUGACCCUACCACUAUUGCCAUGUAUACCCCAGUCAUUGUCACGGCGAACCAAGAUGCGUUAGCAGACUUGAAGAAGAAUGCGGCGACUUACGUUGCCAUGGAUAAGUUGACUAUGUUGGCUUAA